UUAAUUUUGUGUGGCCCAGCAGACUUUUGAAACGUAGCGCCACUGGCGGUGUAGCCUGAAGCGACUGAGACACGUAUGUGUAAGCUCCGGCUAGAUCGUCUGCUGCAAUCAUUCCACACAAGGAAUAAAUGAAUGACAAAGGAUAGCCAACGUUCAGAGAAGCUCGCCACGUGACAUGGAGACGCGCAAGCGUCCCACCAGCGAACAUCAAAACUCCAUCGGUGACAGCACCCUGGCUCCAAGCCGAAACCCGCAGCUGGAGGAUGGCUGGGCAAGCGGGGAUGGUCAACACAACAGCAAAGACCACGCUGGUGGGGCACGAGAAGAGUGGCGUAGCAUUGCACUUCUGCUGUUUCUGUACGUGCUCCAAGGCAUCCCACUGGGCCUCGGUUCAGCCGUGCCACUGUUGCUUCAGAACAGGCAUGUCAGCUACAAGGAACAAGCCCUGUUCAGCUUUGUCACAUGGCCCUUCAGCGUGAAGCUCCUAUGGGCACCCAUCGUAGACUCUCUGUACUCGAGCCGCUUUGGCCGGCGCAAGUCGUGGCUGGUGCCCACCCAGUACGCCAUUGGCCUGUCCUUCUUCUGGCUGUCGUCGCACGUGCGGUUCCUGCUGGGUGACGAGGAAGGCAGCAGCACAACGCAGCCCAGCGUCCUCUUGUUGACGGUCAUUUUCCUGUCGCUAAACUUCCUGGCAGCUACUCAGGACAUUGCUGUCGACGGCUGGGCCCUCACAAUGCUCUCAAGGAGGCACGUAGGCUAUGCCUCCACAUGCAAUUCUGUAGGGCAAACGACUGGAUAUUUCUUGGGCAACGUGGUCUUCUUGGCUCUCGAGUCUGCAGACUUCUGCAACCGUUACCUGAGGUCUGAACCUCAGAAGGAUGGCAUUGUCACUCUUGAUGGGUUCCUGUAUUUUUGGGGAAUCGUGUUCAUGGUGACGACCACCCUAGUGGCCGCGCUGAAACACGAGCGGGACGCAACUGCCAUGGACGACGAUGGCGACCCUAAUCUGGACAUUGCUCAAACCUACAAAAUGGCACUUCGUAUCUUUCAGCUGCCCAGUGUCCGCACAUUCUGCAUUUUUCUGUUCACGUGCAAGGUCGGCUUCGCUGUGGCUGACAGCGUGACGGGUCUGAAGCUCCUCGAGGCUGGCUUGCACCGGGAAAAUUUGGCCUUGCUGGCAAUCCCGAUGGUACCCAUUCAGAUUAUGCUGCCACUGAUGAUAAGCAAGCAUACAGGUGGCCACAGGCCACUCGACGUGUUUUUCAAGGCCUAUCCAUACAGGUUGCUCCUUGGAGUGGUGUUCAUGGUUCUCCUCCACUGGACAUAUCAUGUCAAGAAUCCAGAUGGCACCUUCCCUAUCUACUACUAUGCAAUCAUUGUUGUUGUCUAUGCAGUACACCAGGUGACCGUGUACAGCAUUUUUGUGUCCCUAAUGGCAUUCCACGCAAGAGUGAGCGACCCCGCCAUUGGAGGAACUUACAUGACUCUCCUCAACACCAUCACCAACCUUGGCGGCAACUGGCCUGCAACACUGGCACUGUGGAUGGUGGACAGUCUCACUUUCAAGAGCUGUGUUGGUGCCGCUCAGGGAUGGCUCCACUGUUCAUCCAAGGAAGACCUGGAUGCAUGUAGCAGCCAAGGAGGCAUCUGUGAGACUACGUUAGAUGGCUACAACAUUGAGAUGGUGCUCUGCAUCGUGCUCGGCUUCCUGUGGCUCCUCUCUGCGCGGCGGUGGGCGCACUGGCUACAGUCCCUGCCACAGUCUGCGUGGAAGUGCACUUGAUCGUGCUGCAAAUGUCAAGCUACGCACAAGAAACAGCAACGGAAACUUGAACGACAAGCUCUGGAACUGGAUGCCACUUCUUCAGUCACUCAUGCAUUGUAUAAAACUCGCAAUUUGUUUUGUUGUGAAAAGCUAUGCCUGAGCUGGUUCAGGCAUCUGUGGUACUGUACAUUUGUUAGGUCAAAAAGCAUUCCAACAUUUUCAGAUGUCUCUGUACAAGUUUAUACUGUAUGAGCAUGAUCAUGUUUUCCUGGCCAAAAGUUUUAUAGUUGCCUUUGCGACUAAGUAAGAAACGUGAAGACUUAUUGGAUUCCAUGAUUCGCCCAAGUUUUAUUUCUAUUCUGUUGCACGCAGCAAAAAAGGGAAAAUUCACCGACGAUUGCAAUACUCCCUGAUGAGAAAUUUGAGUGCAGCUCUUUAGGUGCUUUGAAUUCCACCGGUUGUGUAGCUCAUUGUUCGGAAAGGAAGCGCGAAUGUGUGGCUCGCGUAGAGCGCAUUCUCCAGUGGCGGCAGCGCAGCUGAAGUAGCGCAUGCUCAAUGAGACUGAAGCCCACGCCAGCGCUUUGUUUCCCUACAUGGUACCAAUGGAUGCGCUCGUUGCGUGGCUUAGUAAUGAUGUCAUCGGUGACCGGGUGACAGCGCCUGCUACUAUGGCACCAUCUCGUAGCAGAUCAUUGCCGUAGUGCACCCCAUUUGGCAUCAAAGACAUUAAUUAAUUGAAGAGCAGUACAUACCUAGGGUUCUUCAUUUUCAGAUAAAAUCUGAUAACUCCUCAAUUUUGUACCCCAAACAAAAUUUAUGAAACUCUGAUUGAACCCCACUUCUCGCCAAGUUUGCCCUUUCAUGAAGGAUAAUAAUAAAUGCAGGUGUUAAAUAAACUAAUGAACGCUGCCCA